AUGUAUAAAACGCUUGUGCUGCACAAGAUUUGCGGAGCUGUGUCUGUGGAGCUGCUGAGAUGAGAAGCUGUUUCAUGCCACUCCUAUGUGCCUCAUCUGUGCUGCUGCUCUGCAGCUCGCUCAUCUGUGUCUCGUGGGGUCUAGGUCUCCAGGAUGAAAUCACACCGAAGGAGGUGGAGUUCCACUCCGUUGACUAUAAAAAUGUCCUGCACUGGAAACUGCUCAAACCCCUUCAAGGGAGGCCUGUUUAUUUCGUGCAGUACAAAAUCUAUGGGCAGAAAAAAUGGGCCAACGCCGUCCACUGUCUGGGCAUCACGGAGCCGCACUGCGACCUGAGUCAGGAGACCUCUGACCGGCGGGAGUGCUACUACGCCAGGGUUCAAACCGCCCUGGACGACACCCUGUCACCCUGGGUGAUCAGUCCGAGAUUUGUUCCACAAUGGGAAACGUCCCUCAGUGCUCCUGUGAUAAAGCUCACUGCAAGAGAAAGCGCCAUUCUGGUCCAGUUCAAGGCUCCACGCUCCCCGUACAGGAGAAGGAACGGCUCUUGGAUAUCAAUGAAGAGGCUCCACCAGCUGACUUACAGGUUAUACGUCAUGAAGGACAACAUGAUUCAGGCGAAGCACGUUCUGGGAAGGCCUGUAAGAAAAAUACUGAUCGUCAACCUGAAACCCAAGACAACCUACUGCGUGCAGGCUGAGGCCAAAAUUCAGCUGCACAACCGAACCAGCAAGAGAAGCAAGAAGGCUUGUGUCAUCACUCUCUGAGGUUCUAGAGCUUUGAACUGGCACCUAGCUCCGCAGAAUCCCAGGAAAAUUCAUCAUGGCUGGCUUGAAACGGGACCGACAGGACAAGACCUAACUGCCACUUUCACCUCCAUCGCUGCACUGCUUGUGUCACAAUAAGUGUUUGAUUUUUGGAUUAUGUUUGGUCAUGACAUUUAAGUCAAGUUGCUGUAUUCUGUCUAAACCUGGAAUAACAUUCUAAAAGUUGCAUUUAACUCAAUGAGCCAAGAUAAAGAAUGUAGUACAAACAUGAAUAUUUUCAUCACACAUGAACAGCCAUUUCAUAAAAUCCCAUGUUAAACCUUUGAUUACCAGCCAUAGCGCCAAAACAAUUUCAGCAUUUUCUGAACUUGCGUGUCUGUUUAGGUUUCCUUAAAACUUAAAAGAUGCUUUUUGAAAAUUUUACAAAGUGGUUGGCCAUAAUUUUCCAGCUUGUGUGCGUCAGCAAAGGUAGGGGAUUUUAAUAAAGAAAGCAGCUGGACUAGAAAAAAAGUGCUUUCCUUUUAUUUCAGUUAGUGUUGCCAGUAACUGCACAGGAAUCUCACUAGGAAAGUGAAACAUGGCUGUGGAAUCACAAAGCAGAAGAAAUUGGAGCCCUAUUUAAGUUUUCAGGAACAGGAACUGUUUUCAAUUUGUAUUUCACACACUCCAUAUUAGGACAGUUAUGAAAGACGAUUAAAAGUGUUUUAAGUUACUACACUUUUGUGAUAUUUCUACACAUGGAGCUGUCAACUGUUAAAACCAUUUCCAAGCACUGUAUGUAUGUACAGACCUGCUCUGUUCACGUACUAUAGUAUGUGAGGUCUAUGCAAAAUUGACAUGAAUGCAUCUCAAUCAGGAAAAAAAAUGCUUAUAGAUUAAAAGUAUGUGAAAAAAAACUCAUUUUUUUGGAACACCUUUAUUGACGUUUCACAGAGUAACUCAAAAGGAAGUAAAUGUAUGUUUGUUUCCUCAUUUUGUAAUUAAAUUGUAUAAAUCUGUUACAGAAAUAGUGUCAAACAUGGUUUGCACCAGAAUGCAGAUACUGUAAUUGGCGAAACAACAUUAAACAAAGAAAGAUAUUGUUCACUUACUG